AUGGUGGCAGAAGCAGAGGUUAUGUUUCGACAGAGUUUGCCGGUGGUUCUCGAUGUCCAAUUGUUCGGAGCACCAACCGGCGUUACAGAUUUCGAUGGCGUGAAAUCGCCAGUUCCUUCCCCGAAUCUGGGUUUACGUCGCCCGGCGGCCUCCGUCUCCGCCGACUUAUCGACUUCUCUUUCGGGUUUAAAAUCAUCUGAUUCGUUUCCGGAGGAGGAUGCUGAAGAUUGUGGUUCUAGUGACUCGUUUUAUGUUCCGGCUAUCCGAUCGGGGAGCUACGCUGAUAUUGGACCAAGGAGAUUCAUGGAAGACGAGCACAUUUGCAUAGACGAUCUCUCUUCUCGAGUGAGGUCUCUUUAUGAGUUGCCAAAGCCUAGUGCUUUCUAUGCGGUUUUUGAUGGGCAUGGAGGACCAGAAGCAGCAGCUUAUGUAAGAAAAAACGCCAUUAGGCUAUUCUUCGACAAGUUUCCACAGACAUCAGAAGUGAACAGUGUUUAUGUAGAGGAAGUCAAGAGUUCCUUGAGGAACACGUUUCUUCAGGCUGAUCUUGCUUUAGCUGAGGACUGCACCAUCGGCUCUUCUACUGGUACCACUGCUCUUGCUGCCCUUAUUUUUGGAAGACAUUUGAUGGUGGCAAAUGCGGGAGAUUGCAGAGCCGUUCUGUGUAGGAACGGUGAAGCAAUAGACAUGUCUCAAGACCACAGACCGAUCUACUUACCGGAGAGAAGAAGAGUGGAAGCAUGCGGAGGUUUCAUAGACGAUGGUUAUCUAAACGGCGUUUUAUCAGUCACACGAGCUCUCGGUGAUUGGGACAUGAAACUACCACGGGGGUCACAAUCACCACUCAUCGCAGAGCCAGAGAUCAAACAGAUUGACUUGACUGAGGAAGACGAGUUUCUGAUCAUCGGAUGCGAUGGAAUUUGGGAUGUCUUGACGAGUCAAGAAGCCGUUAGUAUUGUCCGACGUGGACUUCGCCGCCACGAUGAUCCGAUGAGAUGUGCUAGAGAGCUUGCGAUGGAGGCUUUAAGGCUUAACACGUUUGAUAACCUGACGGUUGUUGUCGUUAGUUUCUCGUCCGUUGGUGACACGGCGGCUGCGGCUCCGGUGGAGAAGCAACGGUGUUGUAGUUUGACGGCGGAGGCUUUUCUUAGCUUGAGGAGCUUAUUGGAAGGCUGA